AUGAAAGGAGCUUAUUCAAUUAAAUCAACUACAUCCAGACCAAGUAUUUACAGGUCUGGAUCAUCUCAUUUGGGAUUAGAAAUUGAAAAUGCACAAUACUAUGAUGAAGAGAAACAACCAAUCCAAACUUUACAUAGAGGUUUGAAGAGUAGAAUGGUUCAGCUUUUGGCCAUCGGUGGUUGUAUAGGUACGGGUUUAUUCAUUGGUUCAGGAGGUGCUUUGAGUCUUGCGGGUCCUGGUUCAUUAUUUUUAUCUUAUGUUUUCAUGUCAUUUAUUAUUUGGGCUGUUAUGAAUAUGAUGGCAGAAAUGGUUACUUUCUUGCCAUUACCUGGUUAUGGUCCUCAAUACUUCUGUGGUGAAUAUGUUUCAAGUUCAAUUGGGUUUGCUAUAAGUUGGAUUUAUUAUUAUUCAUUUUCCAUUCUUGUUGCCACUGAAGUUACAGCAGGAGCCAUUUUAAUCAAUUAUUGGCCAAACAGUGUCCCUACAGCGGUUUGGAUCACUAUUCUUUUAGGUGUUUCGGUAUUCUUAAAUAUCACAUCUGUUAAAUUCUUUGGUGAAUCUGAAUUCUAUUUUGCAUUCAUUAAAGUUAUUGCAAUUGUGGGAUUAAUUAUUUUGGGUAUUGUUUUAUUCUUUGGUGGAGGUCCUAACCAUGAUAGAUUAGGUUUCAGAUAUUGGAAAGAUGGAAUGGCUUUCAAGUCUUAUUUGGUUGAUGGUAAAACUGGACAAUUUUUAGGUUUCUGGUACGCCGUCAUUAGAUCUGGUUAUGCAUUUAUUUGUUCUCCUGAAUUGAUCACUAUUGCUGCCGGUGAAGCUGAACAUCCAAGAAAGAAUAUCCCUAAAGCUGCUAAUAGAUUUAUUUAUCGUUUGGCUUUCUUUUAUAUUUUCGGGACUUUAGUUAUUGGAGUUAUCUGUAAUUCUAAUAGUCAAAGAUUAUUGAAUGGUUCAGAUGAUGCAUCAGCUUCCCCUUUUGUCAUUGGUAUUCAAAAUGCUUCUAUUCCAAUUUUGAACCAUAUUAUCAAUGGUGCUAUCUUAACUUCAGCUGCUUCUUCAGGUAACGCUUUCUUAUAUACUGCUUCAAGAGUUUUAUAUAGUAACGCCAAACAAGGUAUUGCCCCAGCUAUCUUCAAGAAAACAAAUCGAUUUGGAGUUCCUUAUUUUGCUGUUUCAGCUACGGGAUUAUUUGGUUGUUUAGCUUAUUUGAAUUCAUCAAGCUCAAGUGCUGAUGUAUUCAAUUGGUUAUCUAAUCUUUCUACCAUUUCCGGAUUCCUUGCUUGGAUUACUGUUGGAUUUGCUUAUUUAAGAUGGAGAAAAGCUAUUGUAUUCCAUGGUUUAUCCGAAAGAGUAACUUACAGAACUCCUUUCCAACCUUACACAACCUAUGCAGUUAUAUUCUUUGUAAGUCUUAUUUGUAUUACCAAUGGGUUUUCAGUAUUUUUCCACUUUAAUGGUCCUGAUUUUGUUGCUGCUUAUAUAACAUUCCCUAUUUUAGUAGCAUUGUAUGUGGGACAUAUGAUUUAUGAGAAGGUUAAAUUUGGUAGAUUUCAAUGGUUAAGACCAAUUGAAGAUAUUGAUUUAUUGACUGGAUUGGAUUUAAUUGAACAAGAAGAAUCUGAAUAUGUACCACAAGUUCCAAGAAAUAUCUUUGAAAGAAUUUGGUUCUGGAUUUGUUAA